CUGUGCGUCUAUUACGAAGGAACAUGGAUCAAUCGAUGGUGGAAUCUGGCGCAGCAGCCCCUCAUCCUCCGCAGCGGCGGCCAAGGGUGAGGGAGGUGAGCUCUAGGUUUAUGUCUCCUGUGGACAGUACUGAUCCCCAUCCUACCAGAUCACCUCUUCCUAGACAUAAUGUCCCAACUCCAAGCCCGCACCAGCGGUCACGGAGGCACUUGGACAUGGAGCCGUUCCGCUGCUCUGACGAGAACAGGCCCACCCCCCGCCCCGAGUCUCCUCUCCCACCAUCAGAUCAGCAGCAGCCAAGGAAACAGCGUCCUGUCAAGCCUCCUCUUAAAGAGAAAGAGAAUGGAGGAUUAGCCAAAACUCCAAGACCUGACACACCCAUGGUCACUGCUACGCCGAGAAUCAGACUCAUCAGUCAUCAGCGGGUCGGUGCCACUGUCACUGCAGCUUCUAAGCUCUUGAAAUCUACCACCACUGAGGUCAAUAUCCAAGAACAUCCCAGCGACACUAGAAGGUGCCUCUCUGAUCUACGCUCCUCUAUGCCCGAGGCCGAUAUGCUGCCAACUGUUUCCAGUACUGUCGAUGGCAGCCAUGUUUCAAAAUAUUCUGCUUCCCCCUGCUCCCGUUCUCUCAACUUGCCAUUGUCAAGUUCCGAUCACUUACACUUUCAGUCGGCCAGGGACUCCAAGCCCCCUGUCCCACCAUGUUAUACCGCAAAGCCAGGUUCAGAACUAAGGAAAGGAAAGAAAGAAGAGGCUCAUUCCUUGAGAUUGCUUCAAAACCGCUAUUUGCAGUGGAGAUAUGCUAAUGCAACAGCAGAGGCUUCCAUGCUAGCUCAGCAGAGACAGACUGAGAGAUCACUCUAUUCUCUUGCAUUACAGCUAACAGAACUAUAUGAUUCUGUGAAGAGAAAACGGAUUGAACUUGGCAUUUUGCAAAGAACAAAGACUUUAUCGACAAUUCUUGAAGCUCAAAUUCCAUAUAUGGAUCAGUGGGUGUCUCUCCAAGAGGAUUAUUCAAUUUCUCUGGAAGAAGCAACAAAAGCUUUGUUGAAUAUAUCACUUCGGCUUCCAAUCAGUGCCAAUGUUAAGGCUAAUAAAAAAGAGGUAGAAGAGGCACUGAACUCAGCAAAGGAAGUGAUGGAGAAAAUAAUUUUCCAUGUUCAGCAAUCUAUUCCGAAGGCAGAGGAAACGGACCAUUUGAUUUCAGAACUAGCAAGAGUGAUUGGUGGUGAAAGAACUCUCGUAGAGGAGUGUGGAAAUCUGUUGUCCAAGACAUAUACAACGCAGAAUAUGGUUGGCUUUCAGGUGGAAGAGUGUAGCUUGAGGGGUCAUAUAAUCCAGUUGAAGCUUCAUUGCUGACCAUAUAAUCCAGUUGAAACAACAUUGUUAUAUCCAAUUGAAGCAACAUUGCUGACCAUAUAAUCCAGUUGAAACAACAUUGUUAUAUCCAAUUGAAGCA